UUUCAUUUUGAAAAAAACGGCUAUUCAGUAUUGACGAUGGAGGACUUGAACAGUUCAACGCCGUGCCCUUACACCGUGACGAUUCGCCGGAACCCCCAUCGGAAAGCUCGCGACACACCGAAAUACGCUCCACAGAACUUCAACUUGUGCGAAAUUCCACCAUUUCCCAACGACGACGUUUUGUUCGCUGCGCAGAACAUGCCGGAGGUUCCCUCGGCGGCAUCCAUAGAAAACAAGCAAGAAAACGAUAACCUCAGAGUUUUCCUCAGAAUCCGACCCCUCCCUACAGAGUCUCCAAGUCGAGCUCCGCACGAGAGAGGAAAGAGCGUGUGGCCUCAGAAUCCAAUGAAGAAGAGCAGCGCCGCUGCAGCAGCAGCAUCCAAAACCUCGAAGAAGAAGAAGAGCUCCGAUACUUCGUGCAUAUUGGUGAACGAUUCACAGUCAGUGACGUUAUCUCCCCCUUUGGAUUUGCAGGAUUCGAAGCGAAUCAAAUCGGAGACGUACAGAGGUUUCUCUCAUGUUUUCUCUUCUGAUUCUUCUCAGGUAAGGAACCGUACUCAUUCUCUUUGUUUUGUUCUCUUAAGAAGUGGAAUGGUGGCUGCGCUGGGGCCUAGUGGAUCCGGCAAGACACACACUGUGUUUGGGAGCCCAAGGGAUCCUGGAAUGGUGCCCCUGGUCCUCCGCCAUAUUUUCAAGGAGACUCUGUCAGAGGCCAAAAACUCACCUAGAUCCUUUUAUAUCUCAAUAUUUGAGAUAUGUACGGAACGCGGCAAAUCAGAGAAGCUUUAUGAUUUAUUACCAGAUGGUGGUGAACUGAGCAUGCGACAGUCGGCCAUAAAAGGACUGCAAGAGGUUCUCAUCUCCAAUACUGAACAGGCAGAAUCUUUAAUAGCACAAGCAGUUGCAAAACGUGCAACUGCAAUGACAAAAACAAACAGUCAGUCAAGCCGGUCACAAUGCAUCAUUAACAUUCGUGAUGUUCCCGUAAUGUGUGAGGGAGUGUUGAAUCCCAAGUCAGAUAGUGUUGUUUUGUCUAUCAUUGACCUUGCUGGAGCAGAAAGAGAAAAGAGAACUGGGAAUCAGGGGACAAGGUUGCUUGAAAGCAAUUUCAUCAACAACACGCUAAUGGUGUUUGGCUUAUGCUUGAGAUCUUUGUUGGAGCACCAAAAAAAUCCCAAGAAGCCAUUGCAAAAGCACUUCCAGAAUUCAAUGUUGACUAGGUACAUGCGAGAUUAUUUGGUUGGGAAGAAGCGGAUGACUUUGCUUUUAACAGCAAAGUCAGGAGUUGAAGAUUAUCUGGAUACUUCGCACCUGUUGAGACAAGCUUCUCCAUAUAUGCAAAUCAAGUACAAUGAAGCUGAACAACCAAAUAUGGCUCCCAAAAAGAGGCAUCACCAAGCAUCAUCUACUAUGGAUUGGGCAAAACCAUCACCGAUAAUAAGAGUAGAACACCGAAAAAAAAUGAAACUUGACACUAGUGAAGAUGCUGUACAGAAUGAUGGAACAACCAUUGAUGAAUCAAACACUUCUAAAAAAGCAGACAGUUCAACAUUGUGCAAAUUAGAUGCAAGCCAUCCUGUUUCUUUCGACUUAAAGUGUGAUAGCCAGUCCCAGAGGGAAAGAAGCCAUAUUAUAAUGAGGAAUUUUGCUAAAGUUUUAUGGAGUGUGCUGAAAGAAUAUAAUUCUAAAUUGAAGGUUGCAGAGAAGGAAAUACAAAGUCUUAAAGAAUGCAUUGGAUAUGAGAAGGAAAAACUUUUAGUGCUGGAAACAGAAUUUAACGAGUUUAAGGCUCACUGCACUUGUUGCAGAAAAGGGAAGGAAUCACCGAAGCCUAAACUUGUAGAAUCAGAUGAAGAACCUACACCUACUUGUUCCCAGUUGGAUUUUGAAAAAUCAAACCGGGAAGUUUUGAACUCCUUGUCAAAGAACCAGAAUUCAUUUGAGAUGGAGGCUGUGGACAAUAUAUCAAGUGAUACAUCUUGUGCACCACCAUCAAAUGUGUCUAGAGUUGAUCAAGGAGAUGUCCCCGAGCUUAGUACAUCCUUUACACAUUCAGAUUCUGAGAACUCAGAACUGUGCUGCUAUGAUGCUGUGACAGUUGACGAGGCUGCGAGCAAGAUAUUGAAUGAAUCAUCUGAGCUUAAAAUUGUUGAGUCAAAUGGGAAGCCUAUGCUUGGUGCUUGUACACGGUCAGAUUCUAAAAAAUCAAACACUAGUGAUGAAAUAGAUGGAAAGCCUGUACAUGGUUUUUCUUGGGCACAACCAGACUCUGAAGAGUUCGAUAGAAAGUCUAUGGAUGGUGCUUCAUGCACACAGUCAGAUUCUGAAAAAUCAGAUAAAACUAAUGAUUCAGAUGUAAAGUCUAUGCAUCGUGCUUCUUGUACACUACCAGAUUCUGAUGAAUCAUAUGGAAAAUCUACGCAUGGUGCUUCUUGUCCACUACCAGAUUCUGACAAAUCAGAUGGAAAGUCUACGCAUGGUGCUUCAUGUACACAAUCAGAUUCUGAAAAAUCAGAUAAAACUAAUGAUUCAGAUGCAAAGUCUAUGCAUGGUUCUUCUUGUACACUACCAGAUUCUGACGAAUCAGAUGGAAAGUCUACGCAUGGUGCUUCAUGUACACAAUCAAAUUCAGAAAAAUCAGAUAAAAUUGAGGAGUCAGAUGGAAAGCCUAUGUCUGGCGCUCCUUGUAUACAAGCAGAUUCUGAGAAAUCAGAUCGGGAAGUCCAGGCCUCCUCGUCAAAACCCGGGCAUCAUAUUGGUUUGGAGGUGGAGGACGCAAUCAAGAAAUCAUGUGGAUCGUUGGCAUCUUCAUCGUUAAUCAAAGACGUGGUUUUGGAUUCAUCUUCUCCCGAAGGUAUUUCAUCUAGUACACGUGACCUUGUGGGAGAUCCACGUGGUGAGAUAGGAAUCAAUAACUCCUGCAAACCUCUGAGACCGAAAAGAACACUUAUGCCUAAGUCAUCCAUGUUAUCAAGGGACUUUACCUUUGAUAUUGACGAGAGCGAGAAAUUUAAGGGGACAAGAAAGUUAGCUGCAAUUGAUCAGAAAAUAUCAAAUGGUAGCAUCACUCUUCUGCGCUUGCUUAAAGCUAAAAACAACCCUCAUCUGUAGCGUGACCACUAAAGAGCUAAAGGAACUAAAUUCUGCAACCUUCAUCACUUUUAAUACGCAUUAAACGGUAGGAUGUAUUUUUUGGGGGAAGGUUAUAAAUAUCUGUGCCCUGCUUCUACAAUAGGCGUUUUGGGCUCUUUCCCACAAUUAAGCCUUUGACUAAUACUGUAAAAAGCUGCCCCGAGAGAGGGACUAAAAAGAAGAAUGGAGUGACAAAAGAAAAGAAAAAAUGAAUGUUCUGAUGUUUUUCCCUGGUAUUUGAAUAUUAUGAUUGUCAUUUCAGCACUCACAGUCUAACAUUGAACCUUGAACGUUAGGUGUAUAAAAGAGUACAUCUAUUCAUGUUUUCGUAGACAUGUGCAAUACUGACCCAAUGUAUGGUUUCAAUUACAAAUAUUAGUUGGAACUCG